AUGCCGUUCUUGGGUAGCACCGCACAAUCUGCGUCGAACUUCUUCACGUUGCCGUUCAGAAAGAAGAAACAAAGGUACACUAUCAACCCACCCGAGGAAUCAUACAAUGUCAUCUAUCUGGGCAACGUGCUGACGAUUAUGGCACGUGGAGAAAAUUGCUAUGAGAAACCGUUGUCGCUGAUUUGGAAAGCAUAUUGUUCACGGGCACGCAGCGAUUUGGGAAUGAAUUUGGAGAUUACUCGUUCUGGAUUAAAAGCAGAAACAAAACAACAAGGACUUACUGAAUACUGGGCUCAUCGUAUCACAUUCAGCGGUGCUCCACCAGAGUAUCCGAAAGUUUUCUGCUGGAUUUACAAACACGACGGAAAGAGACUAAAACCAGAACUUCGUUGUCAUGCAGUUCUUUGCAAGAAGAGCGCUGAGCCAGGAAUCAUUAACACACGUCUACAGGCUUUCUUGCAUGCUGCUCUUCAGGAAUACAAACGUGAGAAGCUCUCUGCUCAGAAUGCUCGUCUAACAGGAUCAGCCGGAUGUCCGCGUCGCAAGCUCAUCCUUCAGACUGGAACCCUCAAUUUCCGUCCACCAGUCAGUCGAUCAAAGUCAGCUCCACGUCUGGGAAGUAUUGACGAAGAACAAGAAGAGGAUGAGGAGCAAUUUGGUUCUGAUGACAAUGAAUCAGUCUGCUAUCGUGCUGCUCCGGAUGUCGACUCCAAUUCGUCGUUCCAAGUCAGCGACGCCUACAAGUCAGACGCCGGGCCAAGCAGUUCAUCAACCACAGGAGCAAGUUCUGUUUGUUCGGACGACGAGAGAGCAACUCUUCGCUUGCCAAGAACUGAUCCAGAUAGUCUUUCGGAAGAGAGCGGAUAUCACGAGGAAGGUAAACUUGCACGUGAAUCAAGCGAAGAGAUCUACGCAUCCGACAACGAUCUGGUUAUCCUCGAAGAAGAUUACGAGGACGAUGAGGAGGUCGAGCAAGUGACGUCGCUCUGA